CCUAUAAAUAUAUAAAGCUCUUUAGUCAGAGUAAUAAUUAGUUUAGAGUUUAGGCUAUAGAAUCUAAACUCUUCAACUAAUUUACUUCGCCAAGAAAACAUUCUUUAUCUAAUUUUAAGUUUAAAAUAAAUAAGACAUUAUUUGAAUAGAUCUAAACAAUCUAAAGGAAUUAAGUAUUCUUAAAUUGUGAGGUAAAAUAGCUUUCUUGUUGCUGACUAAACAUAGACAUCUAGAUCUCUAGAUCUAGUUUUUAUUUGUUAAAAUGCGAAUUUUGACUUGGAACAUAAAUGGAAUACGAGCUUCAAAAGGCAAGUCUAACAUCAAGAACCUGUUAGACUCACUUGAUUCUGAUAUUAUAUGUCUACAGGAAACUAAAGUCACCAGAGACAUGCUGGAUGAACCAACUGCUAUUGCAGAUGGUUAUGAAUCAUACUUUGGCUACUCUAGAAAAAAAACAGGAUAUUCAGGUACUGCAAACUAUUGUAGGAAAAGAGCUGCUCCUACCAAAGCUGAGGAAGGUUUGAGUGGUCGACUGCCUAAUCACACUGACACUUCUGUUGGUUACUAUGGUGAUACAGACAAUUACUCAGAUGAUGUCCUUGAAGCUUUAGAUGCUGAAGGGCGUUGUGUUAUUACAUUACAUAGAAUACGAUUACCAAACAAGGAAGAGAAAGAGGUUGCUAUAAUUAAUGUUUAUGUUCCCCGUGCAGGUGAAAAGGAAGAGCGAAGAAUAUACAAGCUAAAAUUUCUCUCGCUGUUACAAAGUAGGGCGGAAGCAUUGCUGAGACAGAAAAUUCAUGUGAUGGUGGUUGGUGAUCUAAACUUGAUACAUAGAAAAAUUGACAACUGUGAAGCAGAUGAUGAUGAAGAUUUUCUCAGGAGAUCAAGCCGGAUCUGGAUGAAUGAGAUGUUAGUGAAUUCUGAGAGGGACCCGGACCUGCCAGCUAUUGAUGGCUACCUUAAAGAGAUUUCCCUGCCUGGUCUAGAAGGAGGACAUUUUUCUGACAUUUUUAGGCGGCUACAUCCAAACCAAGAAAAUGCAUAUACAAAUUGGUAUACUAACUGUGAUCACAGGAAAACUAAUUAUGGCAGGCGGCUUGAUUACAUUCUAAUCGACAAGGAUCUGGCGCAGUAUGCUACAAGCUGUGAGAUCAUGGCUGACGUUGAAAGCUCUGACCAUUGUCCAGUGAGAGUGACCUUGAACUGUGAUCCUUUACCUUCCAGCAUCUGUCCUCAACAUUGUUCAAAAUUUCUGCCAGAGUUUAAAGGUCAGCAGCAGAAGUUGUCCUUAUUUUUUACAAAGAAAGAGAAGCUAGAUCCUAAAACAGAGAUUGUCUUAGAUUCAUCCCCUGAUCUUUCUCCAGCUUCAAGCCAGGAAUGUUGUUCUCAGUCUAACUCCCAACCUUCACUAUUAAAACCAGGAUCAAAUUUAUCCUUUAGUCAAUCUAAAGAAGUAAACCAAAAAAGUAAUUCCUUAAAAAGGCAGAAUCCCAACAAAAACACAAUAUCAAAAAAACAAAAAACUAAAAGUGAAACAGAUUCUAAACAGGUUAGUUUGACUUCAUUUUUUGGAAAACCAACCACCACCAAUGGGUACAAAAAAGAUGCUGACUUAAGUGAUAAUCUUCUGAACAAAGCCAAUACAGAUACUGGAGCCAACUCCAGUUGUGUCACUGAAAAUUCUACAAAAGUUAAAAAAUCAGUAUCUUUACCAUCCCAAAUAUCUUUAGAUCCAGCUAAAUCAGCUGCUUCAACAACCAGCUCAACAAAUGCCUGGAAAUCUUUACUGACUGGGCCUGCCCCACCCCCACUGUGUCCCGGCCAUAAUGAGCCAUGUGUCCUGAAAACAGUCACGAAAAAAGGGCCAAACAAGAAUAAACAGUUUUAUGUUUGUUGUCGACCAGAUGGUGCACCUGGCAACCCAGAGUUCAGAUGCAAUUACUUCCGCUGGUUGAGUGACAAGAACAAGAAAAAGAGCUGAGCAAUACCUGGGGUUUUUGAAAAAUAUUUUUUCCAGAAUAUUUUUACAUUAGACCUAUUCAAUACUUUUUUUUUUGUUAACAGCAUAAUGUUUGCAGGGCAAUCAUCCAAUAAAUCCAGACCAGUUUUACCUAUUGAAGUUGUAUUUUUCUAUUUUAUGUGACUGAGGAUUCAGUAGUACAUAGAACAAUAAGUUCAUGAUUUUUAAACAUUUAUUAAUUUUUAUGAAAUUAAUUUGUUGAUGUAAUGCAAUGAGUCAUACAAUAGUAUAAGCAAAUGUUGAUUUAUGAGCAGU